CUCCACUGGUGAAUAGCAGCACAGGAAGCAGAGCGUGUCUACGUGCCUUUCACCUCGUACUCGUUCUCCUCCAACGUAUAUCAGCCGAGAGCAGGCAGGACGGAUGCUCCCCUGACAAGACGAGGUUGAGAGCUUCUCUGUGACAAAAGGUAUCGAAGAAGUUAAAAAAAAUAAUGAGGGGAUUUUUCCAAAUGUUGAAAAAGAAAAAAGAGCUGAUCCCUUUGAUCGGGUUCAUGGCUUUUGCUGCGACAGGGGCCACUACAGCUUCCAUCUACUUCCUUCUAACCAAAUCUGAUGUCAUUUUGAAUAAGACCUCUAAUCCGGAACCAUGGGAGAGAGUGGAUCCAUCCAAGCCCCAAAAGCUUUUCACCAUCAAUCAGCAGUGGAAGCCAGUGGAGGAACUGGAGUUGGUGAAGAGUCUCACCAAGUGAAAGAUCAGCCAGCCUUCCACCUCUCAGUCUAAUAGAAUCCGUUCUGCGCAAACUACGAUGCUUCUGUUCCACAGGUGGGGUUUUUUGUCUGUUCAGUAUUUGCACACCAAAAGGGCAGCAAGUCCACCUAAAUGGUUUACUUUUGUCAUGUUAUAAACUGUGAUGAUAUGACAAGUGUGUAAACACACACAGUAUGGUUUUAUGGUCACAAAGUUGUUGCCUGGAAACUGAGACACUCCCUGUAUAGACCUUAUCAGUUAAUUGUGUUUAUCAGCAGACAAACCACUAUAUGGCAACAUACACCUAUUAUGUGUACUGUAACAGAGGCCUUUGCUGUAUUUGAAAUUCAACCUGUUAGAAACAUAAAACAAUCUAAAUUUCAUAUUCUUGCAUGCAUAUGCUCCGGGUGAAGAGCUGACAAGUGGGAGGCCAAGCUGUAAUCUGCAAAUGCAUUCUCUCAUUAUAGUCACACAGAAGCUACUAUAAAAUUGUACCAUCUAGUGGUGAGAGCGCACACUACCACUAAACAACUGUGAUGUGGAAUUACACUUUAUAUAUUACAUGUAAUGUUAUGCUACUGUAACACCACUGUAUACUACAACCACAGUAGUAAACAUAAUGAGGUGACCCACAAGUUAAAACAAAAACCGAGGGGUGGUGCCUUGCAUUGUUGAGUGCAAGUCAAGUCCAAUUAUCCUCAAUUCCUGUCUUGUUCUGAAUCGUAUCUUCACAUUUGGUGACCUCCAAUGUGACACAUGAAAAGGGCACAGCUUCAGCUUCGGUGGUCCUCCAACAUAGUGAGAAGGUAGAUGAAACCACGAAAGAGGGGAAGAUGGCCCACUAGAUCCAAAAUGUCACCACAGAAGGCGCAAACUUGACAUGUUAGCAUCCUAAUAGUGCCAAUCUAAACUGAGCAUUAUUUUUGAUACAGCUCUUAGAUGGUGCAGACAUGCACGGUCACACGGUAGUCAUAAUAUGAUGUAAGUAAACAUUUAAGCACUGGACGUGAAACAAAAAAUAAAUAAAAUACUUUAUUACAAAUGAAAGCAGUGAGUUCGGUUUAUAUGAUUCUGUCCCAUCAAAGGGUACACCCUCCUCAAAAUGUCUUAACAGCAUUGUUUACUUUGAAAUAUUGCAGGAGAGUCCACUCAGUACUAGAAUACUCAGUCACCAUUGAGGUACAGCAGCUCUUAUCAUACUCAGCCAUACUGUUAUGGAAAUUAUAAUAACCGAAUCUACUUUUACAGUAUUAUGACUAGAAAAGUGAUUCUGGUUAAAGGCUAACAUAACACUAAAGAGUGAGUCAGUGAGCGUUGUGUGUACAUUCCUGGUAAAAUAAGUCGACAAACACAUUCAAAUUAUAAGAUGCUUAUGAUGAGGCUGUGGCGAUCACCAUAAAUCAAAAAGUAAAAUAAGUAAAUAGAGAUUAAAUAUAGGCAAUAAUGGUGAAUUAAGAGAAUGUCUCCAACACUGCAGAUCAUUCAGUCCUCACAGGUUGCAGUGAUCCUUACAUCGUCUUACUGUUAUUGAUCCACUCUUCAGAUUUCUUUUAGCACCACUUAUGCUUCCUAAGGUUCCUGCACUGCUCUCGACUCUCGACUCGAUGCCACGUAGCUCCGCGGAAAUGCAUAAAGAGGAAGUGAAUGUAGGAAUGUGUCUUUAGGCACUAGGCUGCUGACAUUGUGCACAAGUGCGCACUGGCCUCUGUCGGUGCGUCUGGACCUGCACUGUGCAUCUGGUCAAGCCAUAAGUGUGAAGCAGCAGGUGACGGGCCUUUGCCUGGACGUCUUCCCAGUUGUUGGCACUGGAGGGCGCUGUGAUUCGAUGUGGGAAUGGGGAAAAAAAAAGCUCAUGAAGGAUCCUACUUGUCUUAAAAUUCAAGGAGUAAUUGUGACACUUUUAAUAGGAGUUAAAAGCCAAAAGAUGAAAAACAGACAAUUGUAUUGCAAAGUUACAUUCCAGGCGGCUUGUUUUAAGUGAUAAACAUCUCACCUUCCCGUCCUGGCAGGUCAGUAACAUAUGCCAAAAAUAGCACUGACGCAGAUCAAAAAUGAAAGCUCCGGGUCAGAGUCCAAACCAAGAAUACCAGUCUCAGAAACGAGACUAUACUUCACAUUUCACUUACAACACAAACCAGUAAACCUACUUAUCCAAUGAAGAAAACAUUUGAAUAAGAACAAAUAUGAUUUACAAUAUUUAUUUUGAGGAACGAGAAACAAAGUUUAAACAGUGUGAAUGAUUAUUUUAUUUUUAGUAUAUGCAAGUUCCUUAUUGGCUAAAGUGCAGCAUUAAAAGUUAGAGUUAAAGAGUGUCGCUGAACAAUGCCAGCUAACUGGUAUUUUCUUAUCUGGUCUUUGUCUGGGUUUGUCACGUCACGGCUGUCCAAUCGCAUAGAAAAUGCAAGACGCCACUUUGAUGUUAAUAAUUCUUUUAAAAAGGCAACCUUCGUACAUACAUUUAAAAGACUAGCAUUUGUGUUAUUAGCUAUAGUAUCCAUACUUUACAUUACAUUAUGUAUUUUUGCUGUUUUAAUGUUUGAUUUAUUGUACUAUGGGAACCUUAAAAAAAAAGCCACACUUCGGCCAUCCACUCCCCCCACUCUCCUGGCUUGUGAGGUGCCCUUCAUAUCGGUUUCUCCGCCCCCAUGGCGAAAUACAUGACAUAGGAAAUUGUGCACAUGAGAGCUACACAGUGCACAAACACUAUCUAUUAUUUUCCAUCUUUCACUUUAAAGCAUAACACGUGAGAUUUCAGUAUGUCUCUGUACCUAACCGAAGGCUCCAUACCGUAAAUAUCUGAAUCCAAAUACAUGCACCGUUAAACCCAUCAUUAAUAUAAUUGUUCAGAGGACUCCAAUCAACGCACGCUGGAAUAUGUUAUGUCAAAGACUCAGCUGCUUCAAAUGUGUAACCUUGUCUUACUUAUUAUAGCAGAAUCUAAUCAUGAAAUUGCAAUAUACAUUAGACGCAUACAUGUUGUGUUCAAGGACUCACCUAGCUGAAGAUGCACAAGUGCUGAAGUCUUAUCAGUAGUCAGUGCCCAAACAUUCAACUCAUCCACAGACUGGACGUCCUCCAGCUUCAGGAGAUCUUCUUUAAUCUGCACAGUGUCUAAAUGUCUGGGGACACCUGGACCCAAAAAAAGUGAGAACUACUUGAAUCCUCUGGCAAAAACGCAAGGCAUCACAUUUGAAUAAAAAAAUGGGACACUUGCCCUCCAGCACGAUGAUUGUAGUGUCACGUAUGAUGCGGACUGUGGUGAAGACAACGAGAACAGAGAAGAUGUACGUACAGAUGGGGUCUGCCAGUUUGUACUCGGGCUGUGAAGAGAGUAUACAUUUAUACCGAGUACAACUUCAACACCUGCACAGCUCUGGUGAGUUCCAUGCCCAAGAGGAUUAAGGCAGUGCUAGACAACAACGCUGCUUCCACUAAAUAUUCGAAUGAACGCUAUCUAACUAUAUCAACGAACAUAGUACUAAGGCUAUGUACAAAAUUAUUGAGGAAUUAAUUGAAUUUAAUUGUGAAUUAUUGAAUGAUAAACUAUUUAGAUUACCUGUAAACUUUGAAAUGAAUGUAAAAUACUAAUCAUUAGCAUUUAGUAUCAUAGUUUCAAAGUUUUAUGUAUGUUAGGGGUAGAUCAUUUUGACUUGUAUCAUACAUGCUGAAAAUGUGUGUGCACCCCUGAUAUAGUAUAUAUGUACAUAAAUACUCAUUUAUACACCCCUGUUCUACACCAACAAUGGUGACAUAAUUGUUUCAUAAUAACAGUAAUAAAGCCAUGCCAUAAGUACAAGAGAGAGAAGGCACCUUAAAGCGGACAAUGUAGGCAGCUAUGAGAACCCCGACGCUUUGAAAAAGAUCGCCCAAAGCAUGGAUGAAGGCGGCUCGGACAGCCAGACUGCCAUGUGACCUUUGGUUCUGUGACCCCGACACAGUUGCAGGGCCAUGGGAGUGACCAUGGCCAUGAGCGUGAGGGUGACCGCCUUGGUUUAAUAAGAAGCCCAUUCUGAAAAGUAAAAUUAUAUUCAAACGUUACACAGGCUUAUGUCCAUCUAACACUACUGUAGACAAACAAUAACACACAAAGAGAAUCAACGGUGUCACUGUCUUAGUGGACCGUGUGGGUUCACAUCAAAAAAGGACAUGUAAAAAAAACUCACAUGAUGUUGACCGCCACCCCCACAGCUGCUGUGAUGAGCAUGACGUCACCAUCGAUAUCAAAGUCUUUGUGUACUGUUCUCUGAACCGCCUCAAAGAGCAGUAUGGCCGUCAGGAUGUAGAUGAGCGCCACACUGAGGACCGCUGAUACCACCUCUGCACCACAAAAAGAUCAAUGAUCACAUGGAAGCACUCUUACUGACUACUGAGAACCACUCCAGUUGGAACCAAAAUAUCAUCACUGCAAAGACUAUGCACUUCACCAGAUUGUACAUUUUUAUAGACACCCAUCUGACCCUUCAAGAUUUGCGUAUUGGUGUGUGCGAGUAGCAGGAAAAAGAAAAGAAAUUAGUUUAGUCGUUCAUAUAAUCCUAAUCAAGAAACAGCAAAGAAAAUAAAUACAGUACGUCCUUGGUGGAGGAAAUGCAUGAAACUAUUCCCUCUAGAAUCUGCUUCCCGUAACAAUCAAUUAGUUCCCCUUUCUCUCAGUAUGGUGGGGUACCAAACUGUGAAAUGGAGUGUGUAGUGUUAAAACCUGUUCAGUGUGUAUCGUACUUCAGUUGGGUGAUAACUACCUAGUAGUCAAAAUUAUUUCCAUGUUUCGCCUUUGAAUUGUAAAUAGGGAUGGGUGAUAUGGCCAAAUGGAAAAAAAAAAGAGAAAGAAGAAGACUACAGAUACUUUAAAUAAAAUACUUCUAGUAGAAAGCACAUUUAUUUCUACUAAAGAAAAAAAAUAAGUUUAAAGGUUUCUUUCUAAUAGGGCUAUGUUGUAUAUAAUAAACAUUGUAAAAGACAGGAAAAUUAAAUCACGUUCAGCUUGUUCAACCAGCAGUUGGUGUUGUAUGUUGCCGUUCGGAAUUCUGGUCUUGGUUCAUGUACCCCGACGACCGUCAGCAUGGUGGGUAAUAAGGAAGCGUGUCUUUUAUUGCUGUUGCUAGCGACUGAGAAAUGUGUGUGUAAAUGUAAGAAUACGGCGUUGGACCUGAGCGCUGUUGUUGACAUGUAGGCCGGCAAUAAAGAUUAAAAAGCG